GAAGCAUCCAGCCUGCCGAACAAGCUUGCUUUUAGGGUCAGGAACUGGUCUGACAAGAGAAUGGCAAUCCUGCCUGUAAACUGUCAUUAGGACUGUACAUUUGACGAUGAAUCCACCGCAGCAGCAGGCCCAAAGGCGAAACACUGAACAAGAGAAUGUCAAGACAUAUUUCAGGACAUUGUGAGUGUUACUAAAGAUGUCUGAUAGUGUUGAUAUUGAAGAGAAACCACCAGCCCCCCCCUUGAGAAUGAACAGUAGUUCCCGAGACUCUUCAUCAGUGAAUCACGCCUCCAAACCGCUUCCAAUGGCUCCUGAAGAGAAGAAUAAAAAAGUCCGCCUGCGCUCCAUUUUCCCCGGGGGAGACAAAACUAACAAGAAGAAGGAGAAGGAACGUCCUGAGAUAUCCCUACCCUCAGACUUUGAACACACCAUUCAUGUCGGCUUUGAUGCUGUAACAGGAGAAUUCACAGGUAUCCCAGAGCAGUGGGCGCGGCUCCUACAGACCUCAAACAUCACCAAGCUCGAGCAGAAGAAAAACCCGCAGGCCGUCUUGGACGUUCUCAAGUUCUACGACUCCAAAGAGACUGUCAACAACCAGAAAUACAUGAGCUUCACUUCAGGAGACAAAUCAGCACAUGGCUACAUAGCAGCUAACACUCUGAACCGACUGCUGUCAUCUGGGCCUCCCGUCAGCCUUAGAACCUGCAGCGCAUUAUUUGACAAGGGUGCCAAAACAUCAUCGUCAGAGCCCCCGAUAGCACCGCCUGUGUCAGAAGAAGAGGAUGAGGAGGAGGAAGAGGAGGAGGAGGAGGAAGAGGACGACGAUGACGACGAGCUGCCCCCGGUCAUCGCGCCUCGGCCCGAGCACACUAAAUCUAUCUACACGCGCUCUGUGAUGGAGCCGGCGAAGCCUCCCACCCCUGUGAAGGAGGUGGUGACCCCGCCAGAGUCCCAGGUCCAACCAGAGAACACGUCCAACACAAUGUACCGCCACACUGACCGCCAGAGGAAGAAGUCCAAAAUGACAGACGAGGAGAUUCUGGAGCGGCUCAGGAGCAUUGUGAGUGUGGGAGAUCCCAAAAAGAAGUACACACGCUUCGAGAAAAUAGGACAAGGAGCGUCGGGCACUGUGUACACUGCAAUUGACAUUGCCACCGGCCAGGAGGUGGCCAUUAAGCAGAUGAACCUGCAGCAGCAGCCUAAGAAAGAGCUGAUCAUCAAUGAGAUCUUGGUGAUGAGGGAAAACAAAAACUCCAAUAUAGUGAACUACCUGGACAGUUACCUGGUAGGAGACGAGCUGUGGGUGGUGAUGGAGUAUUUGGCGGGUGGCUCACUGACAGAUGUAGUGACUGAGACCUGCAUGGACGAGGGCCAGAUUGCUGCAGUCUGCAGAGAGUGUCUUCAAGCCCUGGACUUCCUACACUCCAACCAGGUGAUCCACAGAGACAUUAAAAGUGACAACAUCCUCUUGGGUAUGGACGGCUCCGUCAAGCUCACGGACUUUGGCUUCUGUGCUCAGAUCACUCCAGAGCAGAACAAGCGCAGCACGAUGGUGGGUACGCCCUACUGGAUGGCACCAGAAGUGGUGACCCGGAAAGCAUAUGGGCCAAAAGUGGACAUCUGGUCUCUAGGAAUCAUGGCCAUAGAGAUGGUGGAGGGAGAGCCGCCCUACUUGAAUGAGAAUCCACUCAGGGCCCUGUACCUGAUCGCCACCAACGGGACUCCGGAGCUGCAGAAUCCAGAGAGGCUGUCGUCUGUUUUUAGAGAUUUCCUCAACCGCUGUCUGGAGAUGGACGUGGACCGCAGAGGCUCGGCCAAGGAGCUGCUCCAGCAUUCCUUCCUGAAGUUAGCAAAGCCUCUAUCCAGCCUGACGCCUCUGAUUGUAGCCGCGAAGGAAGCCAUAAAGAACAGCAGUCGCUAGGGUGCGCCCUCGGUCCGCACCCAGAGCUGGAGCCCCGCCCGUGAUGUGUGUGUUAAUGGGGGGUGGGGGUUGGGUGUGCGGGUGGUGGGUGACUUGGCGGUGACAGCACAAGAGGGGGUUUGUGUGACUUACGGUGACAGCACAAGGACAAAACACCCCCAGGCCUCAUAUGUAGGACGGACAUCUGGCCUUGCAGCCUCUCAGCCCAUGCUGCUGAAAAGACCUUGCCUCCUCGUUUACUUCUCCAGCACUCUGUACAUGUAGAGCAGUCCACCAUCGAGUGUGUGUGUGUGAGUGUGUGUGUAUGCGUGUGUGUACAAAGUGUAUGUGCACAUCUUCUUAUGUCCAACGUCCAGUUUGGGAGGCAGUCGCUCCCAAACCAAAAAAAGGGUGGGAAAAAUGUAACGGAAAAGAAAGUGUGCUCCAUUUCAAGAUCUUAAGCAAGAGAAACUUUGGGAGUGAAGAGGAGAAAAUGACAAAACCAAGAGCUUGUGAUUCCUUCCCUGCCCAGCUAUAGGCUCGGUUUUCUUUCCUCUGGUCCCUCCAUUAAGGCGCGAUCAGGCCACACCUGCACCUGCAGUGACCAUAUUGAUGUGAGAGAGUGACUCUGGGACUCUGGACCCGACCUUUGCCUGCAUGACCACGGCUCUAUGGAGCAACCUUGCUAAUCCUCUGCAGAUUGUCGCAUCUCAAGGUGGUGCAUUUGUGUGUGGGAGUGUGUGUGUGUGUGCAGGGAUGCUGCUAGAGGGGGAGAAGAUAGGGAUGACCUUUACCAUUUUUAAUCACAAUUUUACGACCUUUAUAAAUCUCCAUCGUCUGUCCGCUUUGUAUCAGUGAAGAGAUACACUUCUCAUCUUUCAUCUGAGACAGGUUCGUUCAGCCUGUCGCAGAGGUCACCGAAGCUGUUUUAUUCUCAUUUCAGUCAUGAGACUUUUUCGGGCUUACUGUGAUCCAAAGUAAGUAUAAGAGAGCCGUGAACUUACAUGUUUAUUAUAUGGAUGCUCAUCGAUUGGAUUGUAGAGAAUAUUUGCACCUCCAGAAGCCUAACUAGGCUAGACAAGUGCUCAAGCACAGAGUAACAGCCGGUUAUAUUCAGUAGAAAUAUUACCUGCAGGCUGGUGCGUCACCCUGAACCAGGUCGGUACGAAUGUCAAAGAUAUCCUGUGAUUUAGAGAGCAAGUGUGCGCAGUAAGACACGCGAUCUGGUGUGCACACGCUGAAGUAGGAGGAGCAGAGAGCUGCUGGAGGGAUGCUCGCUCUCUGAGUUCAAAACCAAAAUAGCCAUGGUUUCUGCUGUUGAGCUCCAAAACAAGGAGACAUUCUGAACACCGCUCGACGAGUGUCCCUUUAAGGCACCCGUAGCCAUCACAAGUGACAUUAUGUGGCUGAAUUCAGCAUCAUUAGUCAGGCUUCAAGUCUGGGGGAUGGUUUAAAAUAUUCAAAUGUUCUCAAUAGCCGUUUGUGUACACCAAAUUCAGUCUGCAAAUUCACAACAUUUUACGAUAUGCAAAAUAUAGAGAUAUUUUCAAAUCAAUUGCUGUAUCUAGUGAGAGACACUUGAACACACUGACAUAUAGAUGACACUUUAAGAUCUUGUAGGAUCUUGAGAUCUUUAUCCCAUGAAUAUAUAGAAUAUAUACAGUAGAACUAAUAUCAUUCCAUCCACAUGUUGGCCUAUAUGGAUUAUUUAAAAAUGCACACAAAUGGAUACUGUCCCAGAAACUGUCCCAAACUGGGAUCGGUUUAUAUGGCAGUUACUGUCAAAAGCCUUUCUCAAACAGCCUUGAUAUCUAAACUGUAAUAAAAGUGGGGACAUAGAAGAAGGUAAAAAUGUAGAAAUGGAAAAACAACAUAAAGCAGUUUCACAAAUCUGAGUGACUUUCAUUUCGAUUUACAUUCUUCCAAAUUCUUCCCCCUGACAAGAUUUCUGUGCUAUGGCAAUACUUGACAUUUGUGUCAUAUGUGUCACCUGAGCCUGUUCUGAAACGCCUGUGGUCACCCUGCAGUGUAUUCUGCAUGCACAACAAUAACAACAACCCAUAACACUGAACAGGGAACGCUGCACUGUGUUUUUCACUGCGGGACGUCCUGGGAACAGAACGUGUCCUCACCCGGGUGACUGACACACUUUGUGAACAUGAACCUUUCAUGAGGCUUCUCAUCUUACACAGCAGAACAGGACCGUGUUGGCUCUUGUUGGGGCUCAACGCCAACAAAACCGUGGCUUACCUGUCCAUGAGGACGUCAUAUACAUGCAGUUUGCAAACCCCUUUCACAGCUUUUAAGAUGCUGCUGAUUUCUUCCCCGUUGUCUUUCCUCAUUCAUGCUUGAAGAGUCUGUUUACAAGAUGAGGUAUCUCCAGUCAAAAAAACGACAGUGGUAGGCUAAUUCAUAGGCAAUAUUAGCUUUUGCAAAACAAAGUUUUGCAUUUUGGAUUCAGAACAAGUUAUGUGAAGCAUUACAUCCAACAGUCACUUUUCUCUUCUCAGUAAAUGCAUUUAUCUUUUUUUUUUUUUUUUUUGCAAAUGAACUCGUCAUGUACUCUAAAAGUGUUCCUGUGAGUUUUUCCUUUUUCCUCUUUUGCACAUGUGGCAGAUAGUGAGAGAAUGAUGCUCAGUCAUUUUCCCAGUUUUGUAAGUAUCGAGUGCCAUUUUAUGAUUGUAGCCUGUCUUAAGGAGAGCUGAAUCCAACAAUUUCAUCCACUUCAUGUACAUAAGGAAUAUAUGAAAUAGUUUGUGUCUGUAUUUGAUAGCUUAGUCAGGUAUUUCCCAUCUGGCAUCACCCUGUGUGUGGCUGUGCAUUUGUGUGUGUGUGUGUGUGUGUGUUGUGGGGGGAGGGGCUACCUCAGUCUGCACUAAUAGAUGCCUCACUCUUGUCGUCCACCUUGACUCUGAGGUGCAGGGUAGCUGCUCGGUCAUGUUGUACCUCCGUUGUACAAUAAAUGUACAGAAGAUGAAGGAGUGACAGGAGGAUGCGGCAGAUUUCAUGCAUGUAAAACAAACUAUACACUGUAUUUCAUCUUCGAAUAGGUUAAGAUUGUUAGGAUAUGUAUGUAUGUAUGUAAAUAUGAUGGGAACCCCUCGCCCCCCCCUCCACACCCUUCCUUUUUCAGAAUUAUGUAACUUAAAAAUGACAAUAUUCAGGUUGCUAUAUGGUAUGUAUCAAUAAAUGUUUUGCACCCUGGAAACUGAAAAAAAAAAAGGAAAAACGAACACACACACACUGUCUCUCCACUCCCGGAUCAAACUUCUCCUGUUUGGGCUUUAGCGGAUACUCCUUCAUCUGGACAGAGAGCCGGCGAGCGCAGCACUCUGUGUGCAGGCCCACACAGUCCGUCCUGAGUACCACUGCUGAGUGUUAGUACAUGUAUGUGUGUGUGCGCUAGGUGUGGGUGGCCUGUCAGGAAGCUCCAUGCAAAGUUGCUGGCCCUGGGACAUUUGGCCUCUCCUCCAUGUACAGGUCUGAACUAUGAGCACAAAGGUGAAUUUUGGGACAACAGACACCGCUGACCUGCCCCUUUUUUCUGUGGUUGCUCCUGUACAUUCCUAUCUUCUGAAUGUGUAAACCUGUACACGUGGCGUGAAAAUUCCUCUAUUAAUGUGUAUCAAGAGAAUGGAACAAAGACAAAAAAUGUUUUCUUUUUAAAUUAUUAUGAUUAUUAUUAUGAUUAUUAUUAUUAUUAUUACUCUUAUUCUUGUCUAGCUUUGUAAAAACUGCUGAUCCAUCCGGCAUACCUCAGCAGGCCUUUCCCCAUCUUUGAAAAAGGACAAGCGAGCGACGGGGGAAAUGAGGUUUUGGAUAAACUAUUUUUAAUUGUGGUUGAAGCAAUAGACUUUUUGAACUUUGAAUUGUGCAUGGCUGUGUCUUGAGUGUAAAACAACAAAAUAUUGCAGUUUGGGAACUGGACUGAAAUA